AUGAUGUGCGAAGUGAUGCCCACCAUUUCUGAGGAUGGGCGAAGCGGCACGGCCGGGGGGGAUAUUCGAGGCGGAGGCGAUGAAGGGGGCAGCACAGGCAACCUGGAGUCUCUGAUGGUCAACAUGCUGACGGAGAGAGAGAGGCUGCUGGAAAACCUGAGGGAGACGCAGGAGAGUCUAGGAACGGCACAACUACGCCUACGAGAGCUCAGUCAUGAGAAGGAAUCGCUUCAGAGGCAGCUCUCGAUUGCUCUGCCACAGGAGUUUGCCGUGUUGACAAAAGAGCUCAACGUUUGCCGGGAGCAGCUUCUGGAGAGGGAGGAGGAGAUUGCUGAGCUCAAGGCGGAGAGAAACAACACACGUUUGUUGCUGGAACAUCUGGAAUGUCUGGUGUCCCGUCACGAGCGCAGUCUGAGGAUGACGGUGGUCAAGAGGCAAGCCCAAUCACCAGCGGGGGUAUCCAGUGAGGUGGAAGUCCUCAAGGCCCUCAAGUCUCUCUUUGAGCACCACAAGGCUCUGGAUGAGAAGGUUCGAGAGCGUCUCCGAGUGGCCCUCGAGAGGGUGUCUAUGUUGGAGGAUCAAUUAGCUGCGUCUUCUCAAGAGGUAAUCUCUUUAAGAGACCAAAUUAAAAGACGUCAACAAGGGGUGGACGGCGGGAAAGAUGGGCCACCUCAGCGACUACCCAAUGGUCCUGCCUCUGGGUUGGAGGACAGCGAGUUGGAGAGACAGCGGGAAGUAGAGAUAGAGCGUCAGAGAGCUGAACUCUCCCAGUUAAGAGAGAGGCUGGCCCUCAUGUGCCGGCAGGUUGGCGAAAUAGAGGAACAGCUUGCCGCCGCCAGGAGGGAGGUGACAAAGUCGGAGGAGGCCAAUCAGAAGCUGCAAAGGGAAGUGAAAGAGGCCCUUUGCCAAAGGGAGGACAUGGAAGAAAGGAUAACAACACUAGAACGCAGGUACCUCAGCGCCCAAAGGGAGGCCACGUCCCUCCAUGAUAUCAAGGACAAGCUGGAAAAUGAGCUGGCCAGCAAGGAGUCCCUUCAUAGGCAGAGUGAAGAGAAGAAUAGACAACUGCAAGAGCGUCUAGAUGAAUCCAAACAGAAGCUCCAGCAAACCCUACAAAGAGCUGAGACGCUUCCUGAGAUCGAAGCGCAGCUCGCACAAAGGGUUGCUGCUCUCAACAAGGCAGAAGAGCGCCAUGGUAACUUUGAGGAACGGCUACGACAAAUGGAAGCUCAACUUGAAGAGAAAAACCAAGAGCUACAGAGGGCGAGGCAGAGGGAAAAAAUGAAUGACGAACAUAACAAACGACUCUCAGAUACCGUAGACAAACUUCUGUCCGAGUCCAAUGAGAGACUUCAGCUGCAUCUAAAAGAGAGGAUGGCGGCACUGGAAGAGAAGAAUGCGCUCUCUGAAGAACUGGCCAAUAUGAAGAAAAUUCAAGAUGACCUUCUUGCUAAUAAGGAGCAGCUCCUUGCUGAGCUGGAAAGGAUCCAAUUGGAGCUAGACCAGCUGAGGGGCAGGCCUGGCUCAUCUUAUUCCAGAUCUCUUCCGGGCAGCGCCUCAGAGCUGCGGUACCCGCAAGGUGGGGGGUCUCUCCCGGCGGGUUACACCAGCUCCUCUGGUGGGGUGGUGGUCCGACGGACUCACCGCGGCCGUUGGGGGCAAGCUCGGGACGACUGUAACAAGUAUGGUGACUGGGAUACUGGCAAUAUGAUGGGUCCCGGGUUUGAUGGCGUGGAAGGAGUUUGCUCCGACGACGAAGAUGACAGGGAGACUCUGUUUGGAUCGGAGUUGUUGUCGCCGAGCGGGCAGACAGAUGUCCAGACUUUGGCCAUCAUGCUACAAGAGCAACUGGAGGCUAUCAACAAGGAGAUUAAGCUCAUCCAGGAGGAAAAGGAGAGCACAGAGUUGAGGGCAGAGGAGAUUGAGAGUCGGGUUAGCAGCGUGGCCCUAGACGCGCCCCCAAUUCCACCCUCUUCGCUCGGAGGACGGGACAGCGUCGGUCGGGGAUACAUGACCCCCUCCAUCACCUCCUCUACGUUGGCGUCUCCCUCACCCCCCAGCUCUGGCCACUCCACCCCCCGCCUGCCGCAUUCUCCUGCCAGAGAGACUGACAGACAGAACAGCAAAGAUGGUGAAGAAUGCCAAGCACUCGCCUUGAUUGAUUCUAACCCUCCCGCUGUCCCGCGAGCCCUACGGCUGGACCGGAUGACACACACUCACCCAGGAGCAGGGCUCGAUGACCACAGGGAAUUUCGCAGUCUAUCUGCCGAUGGAGGCAUCACCGCCAGCCAGGAUUCUCUCCAUAAAGCCAGCAAAAAGAAAAGCAUUAAGUCCUCAAUCGGGCGUCUUUUUGGUAAAAAGGAAAAGGGGAGGAUCGGCGCACCUGGACGCGAGUCUACCUCUUUGGCCUCCACGCCUUCAGAUGACUUGGGCCCAGCGGACCCAUUGGGCCUGGCCAAACUCGGGACCGGAACAGUUGAAAAGGACCGUCGGAGCAAAAAGAAGCAUGACCUGCUCGAGGAGGCUUGUCGUCAAGGUUUGCCUUUUGCCUCAUGGGAUGGGCCAACGGUUGUCACAUGGCUUGAGUUGUGGGUAGGGAUGCCUGCAUGGUAUGUGGCAGCAUGCCGCGCCAAUGUAAAGAGCGGCGCCAUUAUGGCCAACUUGUCGGACACAGAGAUCCAAAGAGAGAUCGGCAUAAGCAACCCCCUCCACAGGCUCAAACUCCGCCUGGCCAUUCAAGAGAUGGUUUCCCUCACCAGUCCGUCGGCACCCGCAAGCACACGCUCGUCGACCAGUAAUAUCUGGAUGACACAUGCUGAGAUGGAGUCACUCGCUGCUGCCACCAAGCCGGAGGUGAAAGAGUUCAGCUGGGAUCAGAUCCUGGCUUAUGGGGAUAUGAACCAUGAGUGGGUGGGCAAUGAGUGGCUGCCCAGUCUGGGUUUGCCCCAGUAUCGCUCUUACUUCAUGGAGUCACUGGUGGACGCCCGAAUGCUUGAUCACCUCACCAAGAAAGAGCUAAGGGGCCAACUGAAGAUGGUGGACAGUUUCCACAGGGUGAGUCUUCAUUAUGGCAUCAUGUGCUUAAAGCGCUUGAACUACGACAGAAAGGAGCUGGAAAGGAGGAGGGAGGAUAGUCAGCAUCAGAACCAAGAUGUGAUGGUGUGGUCCAAUGAGCGUGUGAUGUGUUGGGUGCAGUCCAUCGGUCUCAAAGAGUUUGCAGACAACCUAUUAGAAAGCGGAGUCCACGGAGCACUCCUGGCUCUCGAUGACACCUUCGACUACACCGACUUGGCCCUCCUUCUCCAGAUACCCAAUCAGAACACACAGGCAAGACAGCUCUUGGAAAAGGAGUACAAUGCUCUCAUCUCCAUGGGAACAGAGAGGAGGCCAGAUGAGGACGGCACUAAAACAUUCACACGAUCACCCUCGUGGAGGAAAAUGUUCCGAGAGAAAGAUCUUCGCGGCGUGACAUCCGACUCUUCGGAAACGUUACCGGCCAACUUCCGUGCCUCUGCAAUCUCGACCCCUUCUGUCACUUUGAGAAAAGUCCAAAGUGAAGUGAACUCGGGUCAACGAGGAGAGUCGGCGUCAGUGAGAACGUAUUCCUGCUAA